AAAGGUUGGCAUUUUCACCUAAAGUCAAAAGUGCAAAACACACAAAAAUAAACUCGUCAUUUCAACUUAAAAAAAUAGAAUCUAUAAUUAUAUUGAUAAAAAAUGCAGAAUUUAUAGUUUAUAAUAUUAAAGUAUCAAAUCAUGGCCUUAUUGCUCAGACCCUAUUAUGGUAAACAUUUCUUACAAGUUGUAACCGAACCGGCGAAAUAUUCUCUUGGAAAGAUUUGUGCCAAUAGGGCUCUAGCCAGUGGAAUUUGUUACCAGAAUAAUCAAGUUUAUAUUUAUAGAGCUUUAACUUAUGUUAAACCGAUAGAUCCAGUGUUGGGUUUAGUUAGACAAUACUCUUCAGAUUUCAAGAAUGGUAACAAGCCAUCUGGAGAUGAAACUUCAAAACUUAACAAGAAUCUGGAAGAUAAAGUCCCAAAGCCUGGUCUUUUUCAACGAUUUAAGACAAUGUACAGGGAUUACUGGUAUGUCUUAGUACCUGUACAUAUGGCUACAUCAGUCAUUUGGUUUGGAGGAUUCUACUAUGCAGUGAGAAGCGGUGUAGAUGUCCUGGCAAUCUUAGAAUGGAUGGGAGUAAGUGAGACAUUAAUGGCACCUCUCAAAGAUUCCAGUGCUGGAUAUGUAGCACUCACAUUUGCUCUCUACAAAAUCGCUACACCUCUUCGAUAUGCAGUGACAGUUGGUGGUACAACAGUUGCUAUUAAUAAAUUAACAGCAAUUGGUUGGAUAAAACCAGUUCCUUCUACUGAACGUAUCAAAGAAAUGUUGCAAGAAAAAAAGGAUAACCUUCAGGAUAAGUUCAAUGAAAGCAAAGAACAUUAUGAACACUAUAAGUGCCAAAUGACUGAAAAACGCACACAAGUCAUGGAUGAAAUGAGGAGAUAUAAAACUGAAAUGCGCAGCUUAAAAAACAAAGUUAAAAAAAUGUAAAUGUGUAAUUCAGCAACAAUAUAAAACAAAUAAUGUAUUUUUUGUUAUAUGUAAUGUGGUUUAACCAACUCCUUUUAUAUCAUAGUUAUUAUCUGCUAAGGAUGAAAACACAAAAAAUUAACAAAUCUAUGACAUGAAUUAUAUAUUAUUUCUACUGUUA